UAAUAAUUUGACUUGAAAACGUUUUUGCUUCUUUGUUCACCAUAUUUAUUUUCAAGCUAUCCGUUUACCGCACUUCAUUAAAAAACUUGAAGUCGUUUUAUGCGUUUAAAGUAUAAAACGGUACGAAAUAUUUUGAAACGGUUGAAAUUUAUUGUAAAAACAUAUUAUUGUCAGCAAAAAAUUUAUUGUCAGUUUUCGUUGACGCAAUGUUUGUGGUUCUGCGAAAUUUCAACUUCCUCUCCAUUUAAAUUAAGAUGUUUUUUUUUGUGAAAUAAUUCAAAAGAUUCUUCUGAGUUUAGGGUGCCAGAUUGAAUAGAAGCAUAAUUUUGAAUUUUCGAAGAGUCGAUUGAACCUGGGCCAGCGUGAAUUACUUAUUGCAAUCUUCGAUUUAGUUCAGCCUUUGCAUUAUUUACCUUAAAGUGUGACAUCAAUUGAAACGCGUAAGAAGAGUUAAUGCUCCAAGGUCAUUCCCCCAGCAUGGACAGCGAUCAGCAGUUGGAGGAGUUCCAGGAAAUCAUUGACAAUUUUGUUAGUGAAAAUACCCAAUUGAUCUCACAGCUGCAAUCUUUGAGGAGUAAGAAAAAUCUAAUUACCGAAGAAGUUCAUAAGUUGAAAUCAACAAGAGACUAUUUUGAAAUGGGGAUGAAACUGUUUGAAGAGUUCUCUUCAAAAGGCGAAGAGUUUGCCCAGAUGUUUCCCACUUGUCCCGACAACCAGUAUAUCGAUCUCCAUAGGUUUGAAGACGAUGAAACUGUAGAGCAAGAUUACUAUGCUAUUAAUGACAAGAAGAAGCAGGAAGAUCAUGAAGCAGAGGUUAAAGUGUAUCGGGCUGUACAAAGUUUGAAAGGCCAAAACAUUGUCGUCCUUCACAGUUUUCGGUACACCCAUUAUCAGUAUAGAAUGUGGGACCUUAACCACCCAAAAAAAUGUUACCCCAAUUGUAGAGGUAAAAAAGCUUUGCAUAGUGAUGAAGGUGAAUCCGAUUUUGUGGUCAUUGGACCAGAUUAUAUUGUUCUGAUUGAGGUGAAAAACACUGGAGAGAACCAUUCUAGCUUCUAUGAAAAAGGAUGUCAACAGAUGGACAAAUUAAUACACAUGAUCAGGGGUGUAGCGAAAGAGUCCCUUCCGGAAGAAAGAUCCACCGAUACAGCAGACGCCGGUCGGACUAACUCAUUCAAGGUGUUCCGUUUUGUAGCUUUCCCCAGCUAUAAUCGCUCAGAUGGUACGAAUGGUUCCGACAAAUUACCUGACAGAAAAUGCUUAUUUGCUAGCGAUUUGGAUGCUUUUGCAGAUUGGUGGCAACAAAAUGUACUUGACUCCAGUUCAGUGGAUCGUUUUGGCGGGGACUUGGAAAAAGUGAAGGCUGUUCUGUGGACUCAGUGGGCAACAAAUAGCCAGCGCACAUUUGUCAGAUCCUCCAUCGGUCUGGAGAGUGAUAUAGUCAGAACAGACAAGCGUCUGAGAGAGAGCGUAAUAACAACUGAGAGACGGAAAAGUUACAGGAAAAACGGAAAAGUUCCAUUCCCUUCUAAUGUUGUGGAUGUAAAAGAAAAAGAAAUUAAAGCUUCCAACGUUUUUCAAAUCAUGGGUAUAGAAUUUAUAACGAAAUAUCAAGAGGCAGCUUUCGAAAAAGAGUCUGCAAAUUUAGUCAUAACUGGUUGUGCGGGAUCUGGGAAGAGUUUGAUGUUGAUAGCUAGAUUCUUAAAUCAAGCCUUAACAAACAGAGAACUGAAAAUGCUUCUGCUGGUCUUCAACCAGCUAAAAUUAGUCGAAUACAGAAAAAUUUUCGAAAGAGCCAAAUUAAAUUUCACAGACAUUGCAGAUCGUGAAUUUGAUCCAAGCUUGUGGAAAACAACGAGCAGUGGAGUUGCAGUCAUUCACUGCAACACUCAAGCGAGUAACACAAAAAUACUUGAUAUUCUGAAGGAACUUACAGACGUGGUCGUUUAUGUUGAUGAUGCACAUGCUUGUGGUUGUGACUUCUUGUCUCUUAAGUGUGCAUGUGUUGUGGUUGACUUCAACCAAUGUCAUCUGGCUAGUAACCAAAUUGAGAAGCCGAUAUGGGAGAACCCUCUGUGGAACAAGUUCGACCAAGUGGCACUCGUGCACAACUACCGCAACACGUGGAACAUAGUGGCAAACUUGACUGAAUUGUCAAAAGUAAUCAAGGCCAAAGAUAAGCUGCAGAAGUACUUUGCAGAGUACCCCUCUGAGCUUUCACAUGAUCCCAGCCACGGCCAUCUGAUUUAUGGACCACAGACUGACAUUGACGUCAUUCACAAUCACAGUCAACUUCCAAUGAGCAGACAGAAACAACUGGAGCAAGUCUUGCAAGUUUAUAUCGAGAGAAGACCGCAUUUCUUUCCCAUGAUUGAGAGUCACGAGUUCACUAUGAAAUAUUUCAUUAUGGACCCGAGCGAAGACUCUUUCUACAAGCAACUGGCACAACGAGUUAAUGAGGAACUAGAUGGCUUCUGUGUCACAGUCACUGCCAGUGAACAGAACAUUUACUCUGCCGAGUUCGCAGUCUGCUUCGUGUUUGUGUUGUUCUUAGAAAUGGACACGAAGAUGUUGCGCUCACUGUACAAUGUGAUGUCUAGAGCCAGAACCUACUGUCACAUUAUGGUGAUGACAGACGAGAGAACGAAGCAUGACCAACUGGAUGAGUUCCUCUCAAUAUUCAAGCAGGCCAAAAUCACCCAUAUCACACCCCCCAACUAUGCCUACCAGGGUUCGAACGCUAUCUCGGAUGCACCAGACACUGCUGACUCUGACCAAAAAUUGGACUAAAAAUUGCUUCUUGAUUAGUCUGUAAUGUUGAGUUAACUAAGUUGGCAAUAAACUAAGUUGGCAAUAAACCCACCCCUAACAGAACUCAAGUCAAUAUUGCCGCUUUUAAGGAUCCUCCUGAAGCUAGUUUUGUAAAUACAUAAAACCAUAAGGCUUCUCUCAGUUUGUCAUACUUUUCGUUGUGUAACUCAUAUUCUAUUCACAUUCUUAAAUAAUCCACAUAAUUGCGUCAUUCAGAUCUUUAUCAGAAGUUUUUUUUUUAAUUUUCCGUUGCCAAUUGUAGAUAUCUUUUCUGGCACUACUCUACUGAUCAUAGUUAUACUUAUGUAUUCAUGCUAUAAUACUCUUUUUCUUAUGCUUAUUUUGUAAAAAGUAAAUGUGUAAAACAAUGAAGCUUAUAGUUUAUAUCAUUGCUCUUUGCUGAACUCAUA